AUGGGAAUGACUCCAUUGCUCGUGAGCAUGCCGUACCUAGUGGAGGCAUUUAUCAGACUUGGAUACUGCAAUGAUUUUUGUAAACAUAGUUAUGAGAUUGGUGAUUGCAGGGACGAGUCAUGUUGGGGAUGCCAGUUCUAUGAGGACAACUAUGGAAAGAAUAAUUGCAUUCUUCUUCAUGGUUUGUCAAGCUGUACAAAUCUGGAGUUAACAGCUGCAACAGCACCGUUCAUUUUCAGGAAGGAUUUGACGCGAUGCCCAGUAUUUAGCAAGUUAAAAACUUUGUUACUCAAUGAGUGGUGCAUUACUAAUAACCUUGGUGCAUUAAUAUGCUUUCUCCAGCGCUCACCAGUUCAAGAGAAGCUCAUUAUUCAGUUUGAGCCUCCCGAGAUACAUGAGAGAUUAGUGGAAAUAGGAGCAAGUUAUGACCUAAGGAAGCAAUCCCUUGUAUUGAAGGACCUUAAUGUUGAAGUUAGAUGUGAUGAUGGUAAUGAGCGGGUUCACAAAGUCUUGGAUGUUUUGGGUUCCUAUGGUUUAUCCCCUGAGAAAUUCAAGAUCCAACGACCUCCAAAACUGACUAGGGCCCGAUUUGAUGACACUUGGACUUCUGGAAUCACAGCGUCCUUGUGUGAAGCACAGGGUGGUCCUGAUUGCCUGGGCGACACUUUCCGUAACUGCUUCUAUGCCGAGGACAAAUAUAUACAAAUCAAGAGUCCCAGCAGCGGUGCUGCGACCUUGUCAAAGACGAUAAAGAUUGCGCGUGCCUCUGGGUAG